CCAUAUGAGAUUCGAGUGUGGCGAGCUAAACGAGCAACAUAACAGGGCAUUUUCAAGGCGAUCCACGGAUCUUUGUUUAACGAUUAAACACGGCUUUCACGGGGAUAUGAUGUUGAACCUGAGCCACCGAAACCGGGGAUAACCCAUUCUAUCAGUACGCGGCCUUCGAGUAACACUACGAUCGCCACUUGGCAGCAGGAAAAGGAUCAACGUAACGAGCAAAAACGGGGAAGCGGCGAUAAAAAUCGAGAGAACUGCAAACCUGUUCGCCUGUGUUCCUUAUCCACCCCCACUCAACGAGUUGUAUCAGUUAAGCACCGUCAGGAAUAUAAGGAUCUUCGUAGAUCGUGCGAAGAAAUUGUACAUUCUGGACGUACACCGUGUCGUGCUUUGCAUCGUCACCGGAUCAGUGUCGAAAAACGAAGAAAAUGUCAUUGUUCGAUCGUCGCAUGAUGAUUAUCACCAUGCUCUUCAUCACCGUCGCCAUGGUCAACUGUGAUUUGGAGUUACAAUUGUUACACGUGGUAUUUCGACACGGUGAUAAAGUGCCUCAUCGGGAGUACCAGAAUUAUCCCAACGAUCCGUACCGGGACUAUUCCUACUAUCCAAUGGGCAGCGGGGAUUUAACAAACCAGGGUAAGCUACGCGAAUACAGGAUCGGGACAAUGCUUCGUGAACGUUACGAUCAAUAUUUCGGGCCGGAUUAUUGGCCGGAGAAGAUCUAUGCUCGAUCAACGUACAUCCCAAGGACUCAGCUGUCCCUACAACUAGUUCUGGCUGGAUUAUUCCCGCCCUCGCAGAAGCAAACCUGGAAUCCCCAUCUACCCUGGAUUCCCACCUCCUCGUUCUUCGUACCCUAUGAGGCUGAUAAUCUCUUAUUUCCACAUCAUUGCCCUAGGUACAGAGAAGAAUACGAUAAAUUCCUUCGACAAAAGAACACGCAAGAAUUAGUGAGCAAAUACAAAAAUGUCAUGAGUUAUUUGUCAAAGCACAGUGGAAAAACGAUAAACACAACAUCCUCGGUGACUUACAUGUACAAUUUGUUGAAGGAGCAGGCUGCUCAAAACCUGAGCCUUCCAAAAUGGACGGAGACGGUUUAUCCUACUCCGAUGAAGGAAAUAAUAGCGUUGGAUUUCAAACUCAGAUCGUACACAAGGACGUUGAAACGUUUGAAUGGAGGCUUGCUGCUACGAAAGAUGAUAGAAGACAUCAAAACGUAUCAGCAAGGAAAAUUGGAACCGUACGAUACGAAGGCGUUUCUAUUCUCGGCUCAUGAAAUGAACGUUGCCGCAGUUGUGAGAGCCUUGGACCUGGACGAACCGGCAAUACCUGCCUAUGGAGCUACCGUAAUCCUGGAAACUCUGCGAGACAAGAAAGGAACCUACUACGUUCGAGCUCUACUCUGGACCGGAGUUUCCGAGCAACUUAUAAUCCAAACGAUCCCUGGCUGCGCGGAAUUAUGCCCGUUCGACCAGUUCCUCGGCAUCGUAAAAGACGUGAUACCAAAAGACGACGAGUAUCGUUGCCAUCCCGGAGAGAAAUUGAACAAAUCGGAAAAGAUAGAACACGCGAAUUCUUCGGCAUCGAACAUAGUCGUAGGAAUGAGUUGGUACAGUUCAGUAUCAAUUGUUUUUCUCGCGUUUUUAUUGGCGCCCGGUAUCAUCGAUACCAAUCGUUGAUCAUCGAGAAAACUGGUUACAAAGUUAAGAAUAUUUUCCUUUUCGGCACGGUCUACAAUCAAAGGAUUGAAUACUAUUAAUUGUAACAUACCGAGCAACGAAAGCAAUCAAAACUCUCAAUAUUGUUAAUAUUUAUAAACUUUGAACGAGAUGCUUUUACAUGAGAACAGUUUCGAAAAAGUGAAACAGUGAAAGUUUAUAAAACUGAACAUCGUUCAAAGAUGUAUAAAUAGAAUAAGUACAACACUAGCGAUGUAGGAUUUUAACGUUAGAUUAGUAAUUUAGAUGAAGUAUUAGAAUUGCGAUAUUAUUGUAAUCUCUAGUCAUAAAUGGUAGCUGUAGUCAUUGUUAGACUACGGAUGUUUAUGCAUUUAUAGCAUUCUAUAAAAAAUGGAAUAACUUGUAUAUAUUUGCAUAAACAUACACAGUGUAGUCAUAAUGUACUUGUCGUUUUUUUUUUCUGUUUUUUUUUAUUGAAAU